AACUCCCUCCCCUACACUGACAUACACGCAGAGCAGCUAUACCACACUCAUCUCAAUCACCAUCAGCAACCAUGUCCUCCCCUUCCUCCGAAGAAAAGCAAGAAGACCGCUUCACCACCGCCCGCAACGAACUCUACCAAUCCCACUCCCUCGACCCCAACACCCACACCCUCCCCUCCGGCGAAACCAAACCCUACGAAACCCACUACGCCGAGAAGAUGGAGAAAUUCCUCACCCAACGCUCCCCGUCCGCCUCCGAAGUCCUCCGCCUCGCCAUCAUCGGCCAACACUUUCGCCGCUGGGAAGUGCCGCGCUCCUCUUACCCGGAUGGAAAACCAGGUUACCUGCGCUGGCGCUCGGAUCUCAAGAAACGACAAGCGGCGCAGGUGGGAGGCAUACUGAUGUCGAGUGGAUAUGACUCGGACGAGACGGAUCGGUGUCGAGCACUGAUUGAGAAGGAGGGACUCAAGAAGGCGGAGGAGGAUGAAGAGGUGCAGGUGUUGGAGGAUGUGGCGUGUUUGGUAUUUUUGGACGAUCAGUUCGAGGAGUUUAAAGAGAAGCAUGACGAGGAGAAGAUGGUGGGGAUUUUGAGCAAGACUUGGGGGAAGAUGAGUGAGAGGGGGAGGGAGUUGGCCAUGGGGUUGCCGAUGACGGAUGAGGCGAGGGCGUUGGUUGGGAAGGCUUUGGAGGGGUGA